GAGAGGCCCGCGUACCGCAAAAAAAAAAAAAAAAAAAAAAAAAAAAUUAACUUUUCAUUAUACUAAACAAAAUACUCCUAUUUGAGACCAUGCGUGGAAGAUUCAGUAUUCUUAAUUUGGUUUAGGUGCGUGCUUCUCUGUGGAAGUUGAUUACGCUCAAAUUCACUACAAGGAGCGAGUCUGUGAAAUGCCAGUAUAAAGCGCGUAACGAAGGCGCCAGUAAAGCCGUAGGGUCCCAAAGCUCCGCGUGCGCACCUGUGGGGCAGCCGCCUGGGGUCAGGCACUUCGGCAGCAGGUGGUUCGUCUGCAGUCAGCGCGUUCGGCAGCAGGUGGUUCUGCAGGUAGUUGGCAGGUGGCCUGGGAUUUCUGCCGUCCUGAAGCCCAUCACUGUUGCUGACAUUACUGAUCCUGAAGUAUCAAAAAGAACAAUUGGAAGUGAUGCAUGCAUGUUCAUGUUGAUGAAAUGUCCCAGAAACCAAAGGUCGUGACCUGGAAGACAUUCUGAUUCCAGGGAAUGAAUGAAGAAUGGAAGUCUGGACUUGGAAAAAUCCUAAUAAAUCUUAAUGAAAAGUUUCAGAUUUUAGCACAAAGCAGACACUUGUCCAGGACCCUGGAGAGCGACCGAGGGCAGCGGGAGAGGGGCAGCCAAUGAGAGCCGUGCCGUCCUGCGAGGCCCCUUGCAGCAAGGACCCAUUAGAUUCCGGGCACAGAGGGAGGAUACCUGAGGCUGGAAGCCUGGCCGCUGGAUUAGAAGGUCGAGGCCUGAGGGCACAUGAAGAGCAUGCACGAUAUCUGCUUGAAAAUCACUUUAUGUAGAAACAGUAAGCGUUAACUAAAACGUCUGGAUAAAUGAAUGUGGAAAACAUCGUGUCGCUACAGCCUACUCUGGUCGAAUGAAUGUCUUAUUGGUGAUGAAAAUGCUUAUCAGUGAACCAAGGUCAUUACCUUUGGAAGGAAAUGAGGAUGUGUGAAUGCAGGAACUUCUGAACGCCGUGAGUCUCCGGAGUUAUGUAGAUGAGGUGUGUGUCACAACAGUGCCUCUGCAGAACUGGUUGCUUCCUUGGAGGAACACGUGAGCUUGCAGUCGAUCCCGGUAAGACACCUUGCUUGCUUUCUUGGGGGUGGUUUAUCGAUUCUUUGAGGAGAGUUUUCAGGAGAUCUGGCUGAAAGACAGCCAUACAGGUGUGACCGUCACCUGGAGCUGGAGGAGUUUGUGCCGGACACUGGGUGGGGCCUGGGGCAGCCGCCUGGGCUGGAUGGGUGAGGUCUUCCAGGGGGUGUAAUGUUUGAGAGCGAUGUGUAACUCUGGUGAGCUGGACCUAAUGCUAUGAGGUGGCAGCUCUGUUGGGAAGGGGUGGGGCAGGUUCCCGGGGGUGACCUGGAUGGGACGGUGAUGCCCAUGGUUCCUGAAGGCAGUAGAAAUUCCCACCGUUAAUCAUCCUGAGAAAGAGAUCUUGGAAUGAGGGGCCAGAGCCAUGGGAGCACAGAGGGACGUCUCCCUGCCCAGCGCCUCUGCUGCUGGGGCUUGGGCUCUGAGGCUGACUGACUGCCUUUCCAGUGGGAGCGGCUAGUGCCUUGCCCAGUGCAACGGCAGUGAGGUGACCACCCAGGAGCCAAGCAAAGAGGGCGUCUGAGGGUCCCCUGAGGACGGCUCUGGAAAUAUGAAGUCACUUCUAAUAGCAACCUAGGUUCCCACAUGGAUUGGAGCUUCCUUUUAUUAAUCCUCAAGCUUCAGUAAGAUCUUGUUUAAGAACUAGUCUUUAGCAUGCCGUGGGAGUACAGAUCAGGGCUCAGUCCAUGCCUGAGGGUAAUAAAGCAGGGGGAGCAAAAGCCCUGUCUCGAGGCCAGCAUGGGAGUGGCAGCAAACACUCCAGCCUGGACCACCCUGGGAAAUCCUCUCUUGUUCUUGAGCCCAUUGAGAGCUGGCAUCUUUUCAGAUCAUCCAGUAAAUGGUUUAGGGUAAGAUAGUCUCAUAUGUCACGUCAAACCCCAAAGAGGGCAGAUAGAUUGGGGCCUUCCUUGUGGUAACGAGUUUCAACCCAGAUGCCUCGGUCCCCAGGAGUAUCCUCGAGAACACAGGCUCUUUCGACGUCCGAAGACUUAUCUGCCACCCUAUGACCCACGUGCGCCUUUUCAAAGCAAUACGACUUUCUGCUUCUGGGUCUUCUCGGCCAUGAUGGCACCAACGUAGUGAAGCAGUGUGCUGUCUGGGGUGAUAUGCCAUGUGCUCAGAUGACUAAAUUAGUCCAGAAGCUGGAAGAAUGAAGCUUGCGGUGAGACGUUCACCACACCACCCAGUGUGGGCAAAGUAAGAGCACGAGCGCAGGCACACGUGAGGCCCAGGCGCUGAGCCCUCAGCAUCCAAGCCGCUUUAAUCCGUAUGAAGGCCAGUGGCCUUGCGCUGGCGGAGAGAAGUCUAAAGAUUAAAGAAACCUGACAUUCAAGAAAGGAAACUCCUGUGGCUGUUCAUUUGCGGAACAAGAAGCUACUUCUUUACUGGACAAGGUGAAUUAGCCAGUGCCGCGUUCCUCUGUCAAGUACACUCAGCACCCAGCGAGUUCUUCAUGAUGGCCGGGCGAGGCCUUAGGAUCUACAGAGGAUUCCAUGUCAGACAAGGUUGAUGUCUGCGAGACGCGUUCCGUUUUACUUUGCACAACUCCUUCUGUUUGGGGAGUAGAGCGAGGAGUUGGAUGCGUGAACAAAGAGAAAAGGGAACAAAGAAAGGAUGAAGAUGUGAAGGAGGGGGCGGUCUGAGCAGAAGAAAGUGCAUCUGGUUAAGAGAAUCACACUGGUGCUGUGCGUUCCUGGGGUGUCAUGAGGGGCGUGUAACCGAACUGGGCACUUUGGAUCACGGCGUUUCUCAAGAUUCACUUCUCUCCUAUUCUCUCCGCUGUGAGCCAGAGGAGUUGAAAAUCCACUCCCCUUCUAGUCCAGGCCCGGACUCUCUGCCCAGAUCAAGCACCACCAUGAGAGAGGAACCCAUGAAUUCCACCAACAUCUACGAUGCAAAUGAGGAUUAUUUUGGGUUCGCUAACAGUUCCGAUUACUCUCUCGAUGUUGAUAGCUUUCUAUGUUCCUUGCAGGAGGUCAGAAAGUUCUCUGGGCUAUUUGUGCCACUCGCUUACUCCUUGAUAUGUGUCUCUGGCCUCCUGGGCAAUAUUUUGGUGGUGGUCACCUUUGCUUUUUAUAAGAAAGCCAAGUCUAUGACAGACGUUUAUCUCUUGAACAUGGCCGUCGCAGACAUCCUCUUCGUCCUUACCCUCCCGUUCUGGGCCGUCAACCACGCUACUGGCGAGUGGAUUUUCAGCAACGUCAUGUGCAAACUGACCCGGGGCAUCUACGCCAUCAACUUUAACUGUGGGAUGCUGCUCCUGACCUGUAUCAGCCUGGACCGCUACAUCGCCAUCGUGCAGGCCACCAAGUCCUUCCGGCUCCGGUCCAGAGCCUUGGCCCACCACAGGAUGAUCUGUUUGGUCGUGUGGGUGGUGUCGAUCUUCAUCUCCAGCUCGACCUUCAUGUUCAACCAGAAGUACAAGCUGCAGGGCAGCGACGUCUGCGAGCCCAGGUACCACGCCGUCUCCGAGCCAAUCCGGUGGAAGUUGCUGAUGCUGGGGCUGCAGCUCCUGUUCGGCUUCUUCAUCCCGCUGGUGUUUAUGAUAUUUUGCUACAUGUUUAUUGUCAAGACCUUAAUUCAAGCUCAGAAUUCCAAAAGGCACAGAGCCAUCCGCGUGAUCAUAGCCGUGGUCCUUGUCUUUCUGGCUUGCCAGAUCCCACAUAACAUGGUGCUUCUCGUGACCGCCGUCAACCUGGGCAGGACGGACCGCUCGUGCAGCAGCGAGAGGCUGCUGGGCUACACCAGGAACGUCACCGAGGUCCUGGCUUUCCUGCACUGCUGCCUCAACCCGGUGCUCUAUGCCUUCGUCGGUCAGAAGUUUAGAAGCUACUUUCUGAAGAUCACGAAGGACCUGUGGUGCGUGAAGAGGAGGCAGAAGUCGCCGGGCUUCUCGUGCUCCCGGCUGCACUCGGACACCCUCACCUCCCGGCAGAACAGCGAGACCGUGGACAACGACAGCCCGUCCUCCUUCACCAUGUGACGCCCCCCAGGCUCGGUGCGGACGGGCGAACAGGCAGGACAAAAAUGCACGGGGCGUGUGGACAUGAAGCCAAAGCAAGCGGGGUCUUUCCUGCAAGAUCAGGGCUGCACGCGCUCGGGGUGCCAGCAGGCACCGACGGGCAGCGUCCCCCAAACUCACUUGACGGGGAUGCUCUGUGCCCCCGUCCCUGCUGGCUGGCAUUCUGCAAAACAGGCUUUGGGAAAUGCUGAAUGAAAAUGAAUUGCUGACAAAUAUGAACACUUUCAGGAAUAUUCACGAAGCAGCCCUAGACCACAAUUUCUUCUGGUCGUCGCAAAACAUCCCACGGCUUAAAAACCCAAAAUGGAUGGGCUUCCCUGGUGGCGCAGUGGUUGAGAGUCCGCCUGCCGAUGCGGGGGACGCGGGUUCGUGCCCCGGUCCGGGAAGAUCCCACAUGCCGCGCG